AUGGAUGAAGAGAUCUUAUCUAUUUUGAAGAAUGAUACUUGGUUUCUAACAACGCUUCCUGUAGGAAAGAAGGCAGUAGAUCUUAAAUGGAUAUACAAGUCCAAGUAUUACUUUGAUGGAUCUCUGAUCAAGAAGAAGGCGCAUUUAGUUGCUAAAGACUACACUCAAAUACAUGGUGUAGGCUUUGAUGAGCUUAAAACAAGUGCCCAAUCUUUCAGCUGGACGUUAAGUCAGCGUUUCUUAAUGGAUAGCUCUCAGAGGAAGUAUAUGUAG